GUUUGGCAACCUGGCUUUCCGACAGGGUGGACGGCAUGGAUCGCGUUCCUCAUCACUCUCCCCGUCUUCUCCGCCAUGCAGCUUGCGUGGCUCCUCGCGUCCUUCUGGGUUCGUAGGAAACUGGAGCAGAGGUCGAAAGGCGCAGAGUAUCGGGAAGAGGGAUACAUGAUGCUGAACGGUGGAGGCAGUGGGAGCAUGGCUAGCGGCGAAGAGGGCUGGGAGGACAGGGAUGUUCGAGGCCACAAGUCGCGCGGGCAGCUCUGGAACGUGGGCACCAUCUGGCUCAUCGUACAAUGCGUUGUCUAUGGCUACAUUGUCCUCGCUGGUUACUACUCGUACAAGCACUACGAGCACCCGGGCGACAUCCGCUUUCGCCCCGCCCUGCGCAAGGCACUCGCAGAGCGCCAUCCCAGCCCUCAGGGCUACGCACGUGGAGAGAAGGUCUUCAUCGCGGCCGCGUUCCAUCAAAACGAGCAAGUCCUACCGUACUGGACGCAGACGAUGCUCGACGCGAUCACGUACCUCGGUACGGACAACGUCUUCGUGUCCGUUGUCGAGAACUACUCCAGCGACCGUUCCCCGGAGCUCCUGCGCGACUUCGCGAGCGAGCUCGACAGGCGGGGCGUGAAGAAUCGAAUCCUCGUCCAGGACGAGACAAUCAAGAAGCCGGAGAAGGUGGAGUGGAAUCCCCGCAUCGAGUUCCUCGCCGCCAUCCGCAACCAGGCCCUCGAGCCCCUGCUCGCACACGGAGGGUACGACAAGGUCCUCUUCUCCAACGACAUUUUCAUCGAACCCGAGUCUGUCAUCGAGCUCCUCGAGACGCGCGAUGGCGACUUUGACUUUGCCUGCGGACUCGACUUCGGGCACUUUGGCGCAUACGACAUGUGGGUCUUGCGUGACCGCGUCGGGCACCUCACCGCCGGGAUCUGGCCUUAUUUCUUCGAUACUGCGGGCUACGAGGCGAUGAAGAAGGAGGAUCCUGUGCCCGUCUUCACUUGCUGGAACGGUAUCGUCGUUUUCCAGGCCGACCCUGUCCUCCCCAUCCACCUUCGCAGUAACCGGACGCUCUCGAGAUCCCCGUUGCAGGCACCUCCUCUUCCAGGACAUCCUUGGGCGAAGAAGCUCGGACCAUCGCCCGCACUGACGCCUCCUCUCGUAUUCCGUGCAUCUGUCGAAGGCGAAUGCUAUUCGUCCGAGUCGUUCCUUCUGCCCUAUGACUUCCGAAGGAUUAUGGGACUUAACAAAAUCUACGCGAAUCCUCGCGUCGUCAAUGGGUACGUGUGGAAGUACUACGCGUGGCAUAAGUGGGUGUUGCGCGAGCGGCACGUCAAAUGGUUCAUCGAGCAGGUUUGGGAUGGGGCAUGGAUGCAAUAUGCACGGAUGAUCGUGGGCGACGCAAGGAAGGUAUGGACGUGGGAUGGCGUGGAUUGUCAUCCUUGGUGGUGA